UUUUUCUUUUUUUUAGAAAGCAAACGUGUUUAAUAUUUACAACUCCCACUUAAAAUGCUGCCCAAAACACCAAAACCUGCGAUUUGGAAAUUCAUUAAAGGAAGUGCCAAAACACUGUUUGUCCUCGAGGCAGUUUGCUUUGCAGCCAGCUACGGCGUUUAUUAUCGCAUGAACACGAAUCGAGAGUUUCGCCAGCACAUUCACGAGAACUAUCCCUUCGUUCUGGACUAUUACUAUAAAAUCGGUGAAAUCGUGGGAGACAGCACGGUGCGACAGUCGGAUGCGAGUUAUUGGAGUGCUUUAAAGAAAAGCGACUAGAAGAGACCGCUUCCAAAAUGCUUAGUAAUCCCUAUUUUAAGUCCGUUUUGUGGCUGAUUGGCUUCGGUGGAAUGGGCUACGGCUUGAUGCUGCUAACCGAGCCGAACGUCGAGAAAAUAGAGCGCAUCAAAG